GUAUUUAAGAGAUUUUUGGUGGGAUCAGACGUGUUUCAUUUGGUGUUCUCUUGACAGUGAAAAAUAAAGCUAUGGAACAAUUAUCGAGAGCUAACUAUGCUCGUGCAACCGAAAGGAAUGAGUACUUGAGGAAAUUACUUGGAGAACACGACAGUGAUUCGAGUAGGGUUUCUGAUAGCGAUGACGAAGACUGGAUUCCAGCAAAUAGAGCUAGACAUCAAAAUCAAAAAGGUAAUUCAGUGCGUGGCGAACCAGAAGGUUCUGAAGAUACAGAAGAAAUCGCUGAAGAGAAUUCAGCAGUAGAAGAAGAAGAAGAAAUUGAGAGUAGCGAGAGUGAGGAUGAUGACAAUUAAGUAGAAACAGCUGAGCCAGAAGGAAGAGCUCAAGAAUCAUCUGGGAGUUUUAUUGCCAAAGAUAAAACAGUGUGGAACAAAACUCCACCAACUCAGCAUCAGACCGCAGCUCAUAAUGCUGUACGCCAGCGGAGUGGGCCUAAUCGCUGUACGGAAAAGUUGUCAAUUAGCGAGACUUUCAAAAAAAUGUUUACCUACGAAAUGGUUGAUAUAAUCGUCCGUCACACUAAUAAAAAAGCUGAAACAAUUCUCCUAGAGUACAAUGCUAACCAUCCAAACUCACAGCAUCAAUGGAAGCCCGUUACGAUACCCGAAAUUUAUUCGCUCUUCGGUAUCUUGAUUUGUGCUGGAGCAAAUAAUUCGAAUACAGAUCAUACAUUUGACAUGUGGCACUCCAAUUCUUAUCCGCUGUAUCGCGCGACGAUGGGAUUGACGAGAUUCCAUAAUAUACAAACCAACAGCUAACUUGACCAUUGAUGAACAGCUUUAUCCCUACCAUGGCCGUACUGGAUUUACUCAAUAUAUUCCAUCGAACCAAGCUAAGUAUGGUAUAAAGAUCUGGUGGUGAUGCAGAAAACGCAUAUCCUUUGCAAGGGAUUAUGUACACUGGAAAGACAGAAAUAAUUGGCGGCUCCGUACCGAGGUAGUGGUAGAAACAUCUGCAUGAAUAACUUCUUUACUACUGUACCAGUUGCUAAACAUUUGUUGUCGUGGAAUAUUACCAUUGUUGGCACGCUAAAAAAGAAUAAACCUUACAUCCCUAGUGUUAUGGGAGCAAAUAAGACACGGGAGCAGUAUUCGACAGUUUUUGGAUUUCACGAAAAGGUUACCAUGUGUUCCUACGUUCCUAAAAAAAAUAAAGCUGUCAUUCUGAUAUCUACAAUGCAUUCAGAUAUAUCAGUUGGUGAUGACGCUAAACGAAAAUCAAAAAUAAUAAAUAUAAAGUUGGAGUUGACACAAUGGACUAAAUGGUGCGGAGAUACAUCAGUCAACGACGAUCUUCGAGAUGGCCAAUGGCAAUGUUCUUCAACAUGCUAGAUAUUUCUUCACUUGCGUCAUAUAUAAUUUAUUAUGAAAAUAAUAAAAUGAUUGUC